UCCAAGCAUUUCUAGUUCUUAAAUAUCAAAGCAAAUAAAAGGAAACAAACAAUGUCAACUGUAUUAAAAGACAUCACUAACAAAACCACUGUUAUUGCUAAAAGAAACGAUGUAUUUUUAAAAAUUGAAAUGAACGCCUUACAGAUGUUUUCACCUAUACAAAAACAAGCUGUAGCUUUUUAUUUAAAGAGCCUAGAAAAUCAAAGAGAUGUCUUAGCACCUGCAUUGGAUUCUAUUAUAAAUGCUAUUGAAGAAUGCAAAAGCUCUUUGACUUUCGAAAGUGGGAACAAAAAAAACUUUGUGGAACUCGUGCAACUGUUGGAAGAAACGAACAGCCAAAAUAUGGAUAGAUUUUCUACUAUUUUAAAAGAGAAUGGUUUCUCAGAAACAACACUGAUACAAAACACAGCAAGUUGUAUCUCAUCCAGUCAAGAUGUUAAUUCUUCACCAGAUCAAUUACAGUCUGCCGAUUUAUUUAAUAAGACAGGUCUCGUAUCCAUUGAUUUGAUUAAAGAAUUUCAACAAAAACUUGACUCGGCGUCUGAUCUGAUUGAAAGAAAUCAUCGUUUGAUACAAGAAAAUAUCCAUGCUUUACAUGACAGGCUACAAAAUAUUGAAACAAAGCAGUUAUCUGAGAAGAAAACUCUGACUGAUAAGAUUGAUGAACAAAAUGAGUUGACAAAGCAAAUUACUGAACAGAUGCAGGACAUGAGGAGCUGUGUUAAUAAUGCAAGGGACUCUGCAAAUGACAAUAAAAAGCAAAUAGACAUACUGGAAAAUAAAGUUAACAGAGUCAUCAUCAAAUCAAAUAAUUUUGAAGUGUCAAACGAACAACUGUCUGAAAAGCAAAUUCAACUAGGUUUACAUGUUGAGACUAUUGAUCAAAAACAUACUAAUGUUGAUUUAAAGUGUGGAACUAUGUGCCAAAUGCUUGCCAAGAGAUUUAAAAGCUUAGAGUAUGUAAAUGAUGUUUUAUCGAAACUCUCUUUAUCCAAGGGUGAAACUUUCCUUCAGUUAAAUGAGAGAUUACACGAAUUAGAGCGAUCGCACGAAAUCACUCGUGUAGGAUUUAGCGCCAUGAUUUUGACCGACAUGAGAGUCAGCACCGGAGUGAUUAGAGAGUUCGCCGACGUUUACUUCAAUCAUGGCGGACAUUUUGAUCCCAGCAGUGGCGAGUUUACCGUACCGUCAGAUGGGAUUUACUGUAUUAGUUUAAGUGUUUACAGACAAUUCACUAAUGACGUACAAAUAGAAUUAGUUCGUGUAGCAAACUUCGAUGGUUCCCCUGAAAGCGAUAUGGAUGACGACCUGGGACUUGAUAGCGACGAAAAUGAGGAAACAGACAUCAUAACAAUAUUUGGUUUGGACACAUCUGGUGGCAGAAACCAUUACACAGCUCAUUACGUAUUAGAAAAAGGAAACAAAUUAUUUUUAAAAGUUACAGCAGCUGAUAAGGAUUUCGAGUUUGGAAAAUACUCCAUUUUCACAUGUUAUAAAAUCUAAAGAAAAAUAAUGUGGAUUACUUUGUUCUUCACUUUAAACGUCUCAAAAGUUUCUUGGAUUAAAGGUGUUUACUUGUAUCGUGAUUAAAUUUAUACCUUAAAACAAAUUUUAAUAUAAAAACAAAAGAUUCAUUGUAGGAGGACUCUGCUAUGGAUAUGAUUGUUUAGAAAGGAAGAACGUUUUAUGUGUCUCAUUUUACUCUACAUAAAAGCUUAUGAUAUUUUUAUAUUAUUUUCCUCUAAUCCAAAAUUUAUUUCAGCUCUUGUUAUAUACCCCUAA